GGCGGCGGCACUUCCGGUGCCCACGCGCCGCCGCCGCGCAGCUCCGGGGCCGUCACUUUGUGUAGUGCGGGGCGCGCAGGCCCUGCCCGGCCCCGGCGUCCGGCGACGGCUCGGCCGGCCCGCAGCGCGCGGGCGGGCCGAGGCUGGCUUCCCGCGCAGAUGGCGGCCCUUCACACGGCCCCGGACUCCCCGGCGGCCCACCUGGAGAGAGCGGAGGACGGGUCGGAAUGUGACCCUGAGGAGGAGGAAGAGGAGGAGGAAGAGAAGGGGGAAGAGGUGGAGAUGCUGGAGGACGAGGAGGGGCUGGUAGCGGACGAAGAGGAAGAUGAGGAGGUGGCGGAGCUGGAGGCCGCCGGGUCGCAGGUGGGGCCGGCAGAGCAGGUGGAGGUGGAGCUGCAGGGAGACGAGGAUGUGGAGAAGGUGGUGGCAGAGGAGCAGAGCCCAGCGUCGGGGACCCAGGAACGCCGUGGUCGCGGUGGUGCCGCCCAGUCCCCGGUGCUUAAGGAGAAGGCCCUGCAGGCCUCCCGGCCUCCAGCCGCGCUUGGGGAGGAAGACCUGGAGGACGAGGACGAGGACGAGGAGGAGGAGGAGGAUGAGGACGAGGAUGAUGAGGAUGGUUUCCUGACAGCCGCGUCUCAAGGGCUGGUGACCUUUGAAGACGUGGCCGUGUACUUCUCCCUGGAGGAGUGGGAACGGCUGGACGCCGACCAGCGGGACCUCUACAAGGAAGUCAUGCAGGGGAACUAUGGGAUCCUGGUGUCCUUGGGAUACCCCAUCCCCAAGCCGGAUCUGAUCUCUCGUCUGGAACAAGGACAGGAGCCUUGGGUCCCAGACAGCCCCCGUCCUGAGGAGGGAGACAUCGUCACUGGUGUGUACACAGGUGCCUGGUUCUGGACCGAUGACAUAGAGGACCAUGAGGAGGAAGAUGACGAGGACUUCCUGGCGGAGGUGGCCGAGGAAGAGAACGAGCCCCCCGGGUUGUGGUCGGCGGCCUAUGGCGUGGGGGAUGUGCCUGGGACGUGGGGCCCAGAUGACUCGGAUUCGGUGCCGACUCCGGAGGGCUGGGGACUCGACCCAGGCGGCCUCGGGGCCCUGGCCGAGGGGUCGGAGGUGAAGCCCUUCCUGCCGGGCAGUGAGCCUGGCGGGAGCCUGCUGGCGCCUUGGGCGUUCCCAGACGAAGUGGCUGCUCAGGCAGGGCGCCCCGAGACCACAUGCGACGUGUGCGGCAAGGUGUUCCCGCACCGGUCCCGGCUGGCGAAGCACCAGCGCUACCACGCGGCCGUCAAGCCCUUCGGCUGCGACGAGUGCGGCAAGGGCUUCGUGUACCGCUCGCACCUGGCCAUCCACCAGCGCACGCACACCGGCGAGAAGCCCUUUCCAUGCCCGGACUGCGGCAAGCGCUUCGUCUACAAGUCCCACUUGGUCACGCACCGGCGCAUCCACACGGGGGAGCGGCCUUACCGCUGCGCCUUUUGCGGGGCAGGCUUCGGGCGCCGCUCCUACUUGGUCACGCACCAGCGCACACACACGGGCGAGCGGCCCUACCCGUGCCUGCACUGCGGCCGCAGCUUCAGCCAGAGCUCGGCACUCGCCCGGCACCAGGCCGUGCACACGGCGGACCGGCCGCACUGCUGCCCCGACUGCGGGCAGGCCUUCCGCCUGCGCGCUGACUUCCAGCGCCACCGGCGCGGCGGGGGCUGCUCUGAGCCCAGCGGCGACGGCCCUCGGCAGGAGCCCGGCGACGCGGUACUCGCGGCAGAGCCUGAGGACGCUGAGCCUGGGCCCGAGGGGCCUGAAGCCAACGAGGUGGAUGGAGAGGCUGAGGCUGAGGCCGAGGUGAGAGAGGAGGUUGCAGCUGCCGCAGAGGUGCCCACCCCGCGGAGUAAGGAGGACCCCGAGCCUGACCGGCGGUUCCUGGAGCUGGGCAACGGCCUAGGCGACAGUGAAGGUCCCUCCUCGCACCCUCUCGGCUUCCAUUUUUCUGUUCAUCCCAAGUCUUGGCUCCAUCCAGACGGCUUCCAGAUCCUGAGCCUCCCGGGCUUUGGGGAGCAGCUGCCGGCUGAUGGGCGGCCCCUGUCAGGACCCUUGGGGGGCCGGCUUUCCCUGGUGGAGGGCGCGGGGCUGGCCUGUGAGCCUUUCCGCAGCGGUGGCGGGCCCGGGGGCGGCGGCAGCAGCAGCGGGCUGCGCGCAUUCGGGCCGGCUGUAGGGGGACUGUUGACCGAGCCGGCGCCGGCCGCACUGGCCGAAGAGGAGAGCCCGUGGAUCUGCUCCGACUGUGGCAAGACGUUUGGGCGCCGCGCGGCCUUGGCAAAACACCAGCGCUACCACGCGGGCGAGCGGCCGCACCGCUGUGCAGACUGCGGCAAGAGUUUCGUGUACGGCUCGCACCUGGCGCGCCACCGGCGCACGCACACGGGCGAGCGGCCCUUCCCCUGCCCCGAGUGUGGCGCGCGCUUCGCUCGCGGCUCUCACCUGGCGGCGCACGUGCGUGGCCACACCGGGGAGAAGCCCUUUGUGUGCGGCGUGUGCGGCGCUGGUUUCAGCCGGCGCGCGCACCUGACGGCGCACGGGCGCGCGCACACGGGUGAGCGGCCCUACGCAUGUGGCGAGUGCGGCCGCCGCUUCGGGCAGAGCGCAGCGCUGACGCGACACCAGUGGGCGCACGCCGAGGAGAAGCCGCAUCGCUGCCCUGACUGCGGCAAGGGCUUCGGCCACAGCUCGGACUUCAAGCGGCACCGGCGCACGCACACGGGCGAGAAGCCCUUCCGCUGCUCCGACUGCGGCCGCGGCUUUGCGCAGCGCUCCAACCUGGCCAAGCACCGGCGUGGCCACACCGGCGAACGGCCCUUCCCGUGCCCCGAGUGCGGCAAGCGCUUUUCGCAGCGCUCAGUGCUGGUGACGCACCAGCGCACGCACACGGGCGAGCGGCCUUACGCCUGCGCCAACUGCGGCCGCCGCUUCUCGCAGAGCUCGCACUUGCUCACCCACAUGAAGACGCACCGCGGCGCGGCCGGCGCGCCCGGCCCCGCGACCACGGCCCCUGCGCCCAAGACCGAGGCACCCGCCAAGGGGCCGCCGAGCACCAGCACGGGCGCCGGGCCGGGCGAGCACGGCAGCACCCUCCUGGAGUUCGCGGGCGGAACGAGCUUCGGCUCUGAGCCCGCGGCCGCGUUCGCGGGGCCCUCGGGUGCCUACGAGGAGCGCGUGCUGUGA